AUGGAAUACCAACCAUCUCAAAAACAAGAAAAACAUUCAAUUGAAGAACUUUAUAAAAUCACACGUGGCCAAAAGGAUGAGUGGGGAAUAGAAGGCUACCGAGUCCCAAGCGAAAACAACCUUUACCUAACUCGUGAGCACGCAUUCCCUAAAAGUCCAAGAGCUGAUUCUUAUGCAAUUGCGAAAAAACGGGCCACUGAGCCAGAUCCAACGAAAUAUACGUUGGAGUACAAAGAAGCAAGCAAAAUGAAUUGGGAAAAGUCCAAUGGCAAAUUUUUAUUCAGUUUUCGCUCUCUUAUAGCUAUUUAUUAAUAUAAAAAAAAAUAUCCCCAAAUUGAUAUAAAUUGCCAUAUAUUCAAAACGUGAAACAGUUAUUGACGAAGUAAUGAGAAAAAGUGCAUCAAUGCCAGGCCCAGGCGCUUUCUGGCCUAAACCCACUUCGAAAAAAGCAAAAAAGCCUGAAAUGCCUACAGGCCAUGUCGCACUUGGGAAGUUUUCGUAAUUUUUAUAUAGAUCAGGAGAAAGGCUCAGCUUUCUGACAACAACUGAAUUUUAUGCUGAAGAAACCCCUUGCAGCUGGGCUUAUAACCCACAUAAAACUGAAAUCAAUAAAGAGCACGGAUGGGCUAAACCUAAGGACAAAAGAGUAGCUACUGAACAAGAGCAAAAAGCUAGAGAGCGUGGGCCUGGGAAAUACUCAAUUGACAAGCCAAUCAAAUUUGUGACAGAAAGAGAGCCUUUGUAUUCCUUCCCAAAAGACCACCCACCCAAUGCAAUUGAGCUUAAAGGCCACCAGACUAAAGGCUUCCCAGGAGUUGGCGCUUAUAAAGAGAUUGACAAUGGGUAUAAAGCGAUUACCAAAAAAGGCCUAACAGCAAGAAUAUUCCCUUAUAAAGUGACAAGAAUGACAGACGCACAUAUAAAAAGUAAGCAAUGGGUUCCUGGGCCUGGCGCUUAUGAUUGGCCACCUAAUAAGCUUGAUAAGAAAAAAGAAUAG